AUGUCAUCCGGGGUGGUCACCUUUGAAGCACCCUUGUCCCAGGCCUUCGGCUAUGGAAUUAUUCUAGGGCUGGGUUUUGCUUUUGCCCUGUUGAUGAUCUUUAUUACCUGGGCACUGAAACGUUAUCAAAAUGAAGUACAGACAUCAGAGAUGUUCUCCACCGCUGGACGGUCUGUUAAAUCGGGUUUAGUCGCAGCUGCGGUGGUGAGCAGCUGGACGUGGGCGGCCACGCUUCUUCAGUCAUCAGCCGUAGCAUACAAGUACGGCAUUUCAGGACCUUUCUUCUAUGCAUCUGGCGCAACCGUCCAGAUUCUCCUCUUUGCGACCCUGGCCAUCGAGCUCAAGCGUCGUGCUCCAAACGCCCACACCUUUCUCGAGGUCAUUCGCGCCCGCUAUGGCACUGUUGUCCACGUCGUCUUCAUCGUCUUCUGUCUCAUGACCAACAUUCUUGUCACGGCUAUGCUGCUUACAGGCGGUUCCGCCGUCAUGACAUCACUGACCGGAGUUCCUACUGCCGCGGCGUGCUUCCUGCUCCCCAUCGGCGUCGUCCUCUAUACGCUCUUCGGUGGUAUCAAAGCUACUUUUAUCACCGAUUACAUGCAUACUGUGGUGAUUCUGGUCGUCAUAUUUCUCUUCGCCUUCUCUGCCUAUGCUACUAAUGCCACCCUCGGCUCCCCUGGCAAAGUGUAUGAUGCUCUCGUCGCAGCCGCCAAGGCGCAUCCUGUGGAUGGUAAUGCGCAAGGAAGCUACUUGACGAUGAGAUCCAAAGAAGGUGGCAUAUUUUGGAUAAUCAACCUGAUCGGCAACUUUGGCACCGUCUUCCUGGAUAACGGCUACUACAACAAAGCUAUCGCUGCCAGUCCAGUUCAUGCCUUUCCUGGUUAUGUAAUUGGAGGUCUCUGCUGGUUUGCCAUUCCUUGGUUGUGUGCCAGCACAAUGGGUAUCUCUGCGCUGGCUCUUGAAGGGUCGCAGCGGAUGAGCAGCGACGAUGUGACCGCUGGCCUGGUUCUUCCAUUUGCGGCCGUCAAGCUUCUUGGUUACAGCGGUGCAGUUGCUACGACACUGAUGAUCUUUAUGGCCGUGACGUCUGCUUUCUCAGCGCAGCUGAUUGCUGUCUCCUCUAUCUGGACCUAUGAUAUCUAUCAGGCUUACAUCAACCCAUCCGCCAAGGGCAAGAGGCUCGUUUGGAUGUCCCACAUGUCUUGCAUUGUCUACUCUAUCAUCAUGGCUGGCUUUGCUACUGGUCUUUACUAUGCCGGAAUCGGCAUGGGUUACCUCUACCUAUUGAUGGGCGUUAUCAUUUCGUCCGCUGUUUUCCCCGGCGCCAUGACUCUACUCUGGAAGGGUCAAAAUUGGAUCGCCGCUGCUGUGUCUCCACCGCUCGGUCUAGCUGUGUCGUUAAUUGCCUGGUUGGUGACUGCGAAGAAAGAGUACGGCGUUUUGACUGUCGACACGACCGGCGCCAAUUAUCCUAUGCUUGCCGGAAACGUCGCUGCUCUUCUCAGCCCCGUUGUCUUCGUUCCCAUCCUCACCUAUAUGUUUGGACCUCAGAACUAUGACUAUGAGUCAAUGCGUGCUAUUCGCAAAGUUGACGACUCUGAAGUUGCUGCCGCAGCACAUGUCGAUCUCGAGCUAAUCCCAGGCGAAGGUGACGAGCCUUCCCAAAUGGAUUUCGAUGAAGAGACACGCAAGCUCAACCGUGCUGCGUUUUACUCGCGCACCCUUACCAUCUUCAUGACAUUUGCAUUCUUGAUCUUGUGGCCUAUUCCGAUGUACGGCACAUCCUAUGUAUUCAGCAAGAAGUUUUUCACCGGCUGGGUUGUUGUCGGUCUGUUGUGGUUGUUCUGCACCCUAUUCGGUGUUGUUGUGUUCCCUCUCUAUGAGGGCCGGGAAAGCAUUGUGCGCGUGGUGCGGAUGAUGGCAUGUGAUUUGAUGGGCCAGAGGCCAACCGUUUACCGCGGAAGGAAGACAGACGGAGCACAGGCUUCUGGUAUUGCGACUCCGACAGAGCAUAUUGGAGAAAAGGGUAAAGAAGCACUGGAUGCCUCUACCUGA